CUGACCGGUCCAAGUCAUCCACCCACCAACUCAUCCCCAUAAAACCCACCAACGGCGACGCUGCAACCGCGCACAGAUCCGUAAUGGCCAGAGCAUUCCUGACCUGCUUCAGCCACAGCUCCCGCGACCUCGUCAAGCUGGUCCUCUGGGGCGGCGACACCAGGCUCUUGCCGGAGACGCUGCACGCCGGCGAGCUCAUGAUCCGCUUCCCGGACCGCAUCGUCUGCCACGCAAACUCCUUCUAUAUCGGUCUCCCCCUCCCGGUUCUAUCCGCCGACGACGAGCUCCUCCCCGGCCAGACCUACUUCCUCCUCCCCCUCGACCGGUUCCGGCCUAACCAGGCUCUGACGGCCGCGACGCUGGCGUCGCUGUCUCCGUCGCCGACGAAGGUGUCGCUAGCCGGGGACGGGCAGUGUCCGUUCGCGUACGUGAAGGGCGGGGACGGGAGGAAGCUCAUCAAGGUGGCCCCGGAGUUCAUAGCCAGGGUCAUCUCCUCGGGCGAAGAUGGGAGAAAGAGCGCCGCCGGCGAAGGUGGGACGUUAUGUAGCACGCCCGAGUUGCAGAAGCACUACGCACAGCUCGUGGGGCGCAGGGGGCGGCCGUGGUCGCCGGCGCUGGAGACGAUAUCGGAGAGCAAGAGUAGGAGACCAUCCAAAGUUAGGUUAUCGCCAGCGAGGCUGUUGAGAUUCGAGAAGAGAUCGAACUAAGCUUCUGUUUCACUCCUCUCGAGUCGCAGCGGAGAUUAGGACAGCGAGGACACAAAUUACAAUGACUUUGAAUUGUGAAUGUAAAAUAUCAGAGAAAAGACCGUAAAUUAUGUGUACGAGCAAAUGGAUCGAGUUGUGCUUUGCAUGCGUUGUGGUGCGUACGUGUUUUGAGCUCGUGGCGGCGUUGCGGUGGUUGGAGCUGUGGUGUACUUGGCAUUCGAAGUUACAAAGACGAGAAUGGGAGACCGAGUCAUAUGGUCAUACAAGCUUAGCUGGCUAUACUUCGUUGGCGUUAACAAGAUGCUGUGUUGACUAUGAUCAUCGCAAAAGAGGCCUAUGGAG